AUGUCUCUCACAACGUCUCGGCUCAAUGUACCCUCACCUGUCCCAAGUGAUAGAUACAAAGCAACUGCUACAGCUGCAAAUCGACUUGUAGACUUCAGCAGAGGCUCUCCUCGAAAUUCGAUUCACAGACGCAGCCUCUCUACAACAUCCGGUCCACGAUAUAAUCGACAGCUGUCCAAAGCUGCAGGAUAUCGGUUUCUCCAAAGAGCUGCUUCAUCCGAUGACGAGCCCACCAGCGAUAGCGGCUCAGUGACCACCCCUUCUAUCCGGCCUGAUCUUGGCGAUGCUGAACACCCCAUUCUCCAUUUUCGCCCCCAAUUGUGGAGACAUCUAGAUAAGGCGAGGGACACAUUGAAUCUCGAUCUAUUUUGGCCGCUGAAACUUGAAGAAUUGGUAGAGAACGACGACGACAUCGACGAAGAAGAAGAAGAAGACGGCGAGGAGAAUCAGGAUGACAAAAACUCUUUCCCGUUGGAAGGGCUCUUACCGCUAUGUGAGUUUCGAAACCUCCGCUCCAUCCGACUCGGAGGCAUGCUACAAUCAUAUCAAAUAUGUAUCUGGCGGGCCUGCUGGUUGAAUCCUGGUCUAGAAGAGCUCAUUCUCGAAAUGGCAUUGGAACCCACCAUCAAUCAAAUGAACACUUCGUGUACUCCCAUCGGAAGCUCAUGGCGCCAGAAGACCAUAAAUGAAGCAUGCACAGGUUAUCUGGGCGAAUUAGGAGAUGGAUCUCUUGAUGCAUCCAUUGGCACAGGAGAAUAUCUAGACAAGAAUGCCAUGGCUGCUGCCCGGAACCUCGUCUCCUCUCAGGGCGUCAACCUACGCUACCUUCCAGUGGUCAAGCUGGUCCUUGCUGGAUUUGUUGUUGAUGCGGGACCCUUUUUUCGUUGGUUCAACCCCAUGAGGCUUCGACUCGUCGAAUUUAAGUAUGGCUGUAUCGAUGCAGGUUUUGCGCUUCCGUCUCACAUGAAUAAUUUGGUUACGGUGACCUGGCCCGGAAACUCGGAUCUGAACAGCCAAACAGUGACCUUCUCGAAAGUUAAACCGCCAGACAUAAAGAGGGUUUGCAUCGGGAGGAGACCGUCGAUAGCGCGGCAAAUGAGUGGCCGCAAGCCAAAAAUCAAUUCAAUCCUGACCAAGAACUGGUUCUCGUUUGGCAGAGCGCAUAGUCUGAAAGCACGGAAAUCCAACCGACAGCGUCUGCAGCAUGCGAACCAGAUGGGUGAGGCAAGUUCGUCAAGCGAUCUGAGUUUGUUUCGGCAAACAUCAUGCUCAGGUACUUCUUUCACGAGUCAAGAUUUUGUUACUCUGGAGAAAGAUGAGCUGUAG